UAAAAAUGCAAUGAAGUGAAAAGCAAAAUCCACUCACAACAACAAAAAACAGCUGCAUUUAGCAAUCCCUAGUAUAAAAAUAUGUCACUGGCUGUCUGCUCUCCUAUUGGUCCAGUUUUCACGUCCUCUCCUCCCAUUGGCCGAGAAACAUGCCAAUCACUACUGUUUGUACAGCGUGUGGUUCCUGUUGUGGGUUCAGCCGGUGAGAGUGACAGCCUGUGUAGCGUCUUCAUGGGCGAGGAGUUUACAGAAUGAAAAAUGAAAAGAGGAAGAUGAAACACCUGUAAUAUCUAAAACCCAGAGCCCGAAUUGAACCAUGAAACUCGCCACUGUGGCCUUUUACGGGUUUGCUGUGGGGCUUCUGGCGGUUGGCCUCCGAGAGUUGCUGACUGGCUUCGAGGAGAACAGAUGCAGUAUGACCUAUAUGUUUGAAUACCCAGAGUACCGGCGCGUGGCUCUGCCUCGCCGUGUGGCCAGACUGUACCCAGCGUAUGGGCUCUAUCUGUACGGGGAGGGUCUGUAUGCCCAGGAGACCCGAGCGCUCAAACUCACCGGGGCCCCUGUUCUCUUCCUGCCUGGAAAUGCAGGCAGUUACAAACAAGCUCGCUCCCUGGGCUCUGUGGCUUUGAGGAAGGCUGAAAACAUGGAGGGGGGUCUCCACUUCAACGUGUUCACCGUGGACUUCAACGAGGAGCUGGUGGCCCUUUAUGGCGGCAGUUUGCUCAGGCAGACGCACUUCCUGCAUGAGAGCAUUAAGGCCAUCCUGAAGCUCUACAAGCACGUCAAGACCCCCCCUCAGAGUGUGGUGCUUGUUGGUCACUCCAUGGGAGGAGUGGUGGCCCGGGCCCUGUUCACUUUGCCCCGCUUCAACAACAAUCUGGUCAGCCUCAUCAUUACCCAGGCCUCCCCUCACCUGGCUCCGGUGCUGGCCCUGGACCCAUAUCUGCUGGAUUUCUACUCUGCAGUGAGACAGAAGUGGGUGAACCAGGCGAAGAAGCUCAGGAACAUCACAGUUCUGUCUGUUGGAGGGGGUUACCGUGACUACCAGGUCCGCUCUGGCUUGACAUGUCUACCUUGUCCCCUAAGAGACCCCAAUAAAUUGUCACUGGUGGCAACUGCAGUUCCCAGGACAUGGGUGUCCACUGACCAUCUGUCCAUCGUUUGGUGCAAAGAGCUUGUACUUGCUACUGUCAGGGCAUUCUUCGACCUAAUAGAUCCUGAAACUAGACAGUUCACAGAAAACCCAGAGAAGAAAAUGGCCGUACUAAACCAUCACUUCGUCAGACAUCCUGUCAGGAUGUUGGGAGAAACACAAGACACCUCCAUCUCCAUUUUAGAUUUUCCUGAAGCAUGGAGUGAAGUGAACACACUGCGUCUGGCGUACAGCACACCAAAGGAAGGACAGGUCAAAUAUUUUCUGUUUGCCCUGUCGAGUCGCAGGAAAGCCUACAGCCAUUUCUACUGCCGGAGCAACAACAUGGAGAUGUCUAGCUGGGUGUACGGCUGUGUGCACAAGAAUGGUUCCUCAUGUGUGCAUGCAGUGGAUCUGUCAAUGGGAACUGAGCUUCUGCCACCAUACAAGGUCCUGAUUCUGAGUCUCAGUGACUUGUCUUCAGUUACUCAUCUGGUUGUUUCAGCCUCCAACCUCAGUGGCAAACAGUUCACAGUGGAGUGUGAGUGGCAGAGACAAGAAUCUCAGACUCUAUCUGUCCCAGUGCCACAUGUUCUCUCCUUGGGUUUGACAGUCAGCGAUGUUACGGUCAACUCCUCUGGACUUCUUCACACUAUCAAGCUGCAGCACUUUCACCAGGUCUAUCAGGCUUUCAGAAUUAGUGUUUCAAGCCAGUGCAAAGUACAUAAAGAUAGACUGCCCAAUGUGUACCGAAUAAAUGUACCGUGGUUUCGGGAAGACACUUUAACCACAGUCAGUGUGCCAUCAGUGACUGAGAUCUCAGGGAUGCUCCAUACAAGUCAUCCAGACAACACCUCAGGUGUGCUCCUUCAGCUCCACACUGCCCCCAACUGCCAGUAUAAGGUGUCAGUAAGGACUUCAUUACCCAGGGUGCUGGGACAGAUACUGAGGUUCUGUGGUCCCAUGGUGCCGGUGUAUACAGCUGUAACCCUCCUCCUGGCCUGUGGGGGGCAGCUGUCCUCCAUCCUGAAGUCAAGGCGAGCUGCAGACAUGAGCCAGGUGGUAGGGAAAGGCCUGCAGCCUCAUAAAGUCUAUCUGCCCGUUUACAUUCUCCACAUCUUACUCAGCUGUAGCUGGUUUCAAGAGGUCUGGUCAAUUCUUUGCCUCCCGCCUAUGGAUGCACUCCCCCCAACAGUCCCUGAUGCCACAUUUCAUGAGGGUGUGGUGCCAGUUGAAGAAUGGCCCCACCUUCUGUCCCCUCUACUUUAUAUCUUUGGGGCAGCUGUGGCAUACUGGGGCAGCGCACUGCUCCGUCUCAUUAUGCGACUGAUCUCGCUGAUAUUAGCUCCACUACACAGACCAUCUGUCUCUCGAGACUGUGGCACCCUGCGACUGCGGACCCAGCUCCUCAUCGCUCUGUGUCUGACUGUUCUGGGUGGGACGUCUUGUGGGGCGUUGUCAAUAUUUGCUGCCUUUCUGCUCCACUUUUACAGGGUACUGAGGCUACAGAUGACAGAAAGAUCUUUGAGUCACAUGUUGAAUCUGGCACCACGUAAGCACAAAGAAGCAGAGAAUGGCACAGUUCACGCUGAAUCCAUGAGCAAGUCUAAAGAAUGUAAUGGCGCCCCCCUGCUGUCUGAGUGUGCUCUGCAGGAGGUGAGAGAUGACUUACAGCUCCACCUCUGCAUGUCGGCGCUCAUGGCACUACCUGUUGUGCUCAUCACACCCUCACUCCUCCACUGGAUCCGCAACUUGAGGUAUUCCACGCAGUUGGAUCCUGACCCCUGUUGGCCACACAUUGUGCCUCUAAUUAGUGUGUACAUGCUGCUUAUUAACUGCAACACCUUAAAACUCAGCAACAGUAAACUCCUGCCUCUGACAUCCUGCCUCCCUCUCCCCUUGGCCAUCACCAUGGUGACCUUCUCUCCACUCCACCUCUACAGGGUCACCUACUUCCUGUUGGCAGCACUAGCCCCGCUGGCCUUGUGUUGUCUUCUCUGACGGUAUCUGGCAGCUUUCAGUCCACAUCUCCACCAUAACAAGCCUUUCUCUAAAGCGCAGCUUUACUCACUGAAGCUGGUCAAGACUGAUUUGUCCGGGGAAGACUUACGCCAUCUAGCUGCCAUGGAGCAGAGCCAUAGACAUACAUAGCUUGGGGAACUGUCUGCUCAAUGUUAGCACUGAAAGCUCCAUGGCGAUUACACUGUGUUUUAAAAUGAGAGGAUGUAAUGGCCUUGGAACAUUUGGUGUGAAUAUGGCUCCCAAGGAUUGACCUGAAACCAAGUUUGCCUUACUUUGUAUAUCUAUAGCUCUGUCUUCAAGGAGCAAGAACUCCACAACCAGUGAAGCUACUGAUACUAGAGAUUCACAACAGGGUGUUACUGUUAAAACGUCUUCUUUUAGUUUUUGUUUGUUUCUAGUGUUUACAGUGGCACUGUUCACUGUGGUCACUACGCUGUGAACUCCUGCACUACCUACUGCUUAGCGAUGACUUAUGGUUCUAUGUUAUCUUUACCUGUUGACUGUCGUAGCACUGCCAGGCACGGGCAGCAAAAUGAACGUUUGAGCUGGAAAAGGUUUUAGUGAAUGCGCAGGUUCUAAUCUGUCGCACAUUUUAAUUCAGAAGAGGAAAAUUAUGAUCUACUCCAUGUUCUCUAAAAUACAGGGGUGUAGCCAAACAAUUUUCAUAGGCGUGGCCAGGCUAUGAGCACUAUUCAUUUUGGGGUCUUGUUUAGUCCUUUUUUCCUGCGUGUCACUGUGUGACAAAUACUCGCUUUUCGAUACUCAUUCGUUUAUUUAGGUAACAGCGGCUGUUAAAUGAGCAGCAGGCUAGGCUUAGCCAAAUAAUAUUGAUAUAUAUUUCCUACUUGAAAGACAUGAGGCAAGAACUCUUAAAGAAAGGAUCUAAAAUGCCGUCAGUGCUGUGUUGGUUGUCGUGUGUGAACAGGCUUUGUUGUGUCCUUUCAGACACUCUGGAGUGAGGUCUGACGGUCAAAUUAUGCUGGACUAUUACACUAGGGACACCCUCUUCUACGUUGUUCUUGGUGAAGCAUCUGGCUAGCAAAGUUUAAAAAGCAGAUUACUUGCUUUCUCUAAGCCUCAGAUUUAGGUUCAGUGGAGGAUUAUGGGACGUCUGUUCAGUAUUGCAGCAUACAGUGUGAUUGGAGCUUUAAACAAACACUUUGUAAACCCCAUAUUGUAAUUGGAAUUUUAUCUGCUUUGUGCUGCUGCAGUUUAGUGACUGUUUAAGGCACUGUAAGCUAUCCUAAUGGCAGGUGUACAGGUGAAUAUUUAUAACCAAGGAAUCCACCUUUUUGUCUUAAUUUUUUAAUACCUUUUUAAAACAAAGAUCACAAAACUACUGGUCUGUGUGUCCUUUUACAAAGUCAGCCACGCAUGGAGCAGUACAUAGCAAGCAACAACUUAAAUUCUUAUUCUUAUUUUUGAAUAUUUUCUCUUAAUAUGUUAGAACAUGUGGUUCCAGAUUUUAACAUUUUAAGAGCAACUUAGAAGACGAGGCUGGGGUCGUUUUAUAUUUUCCUUACUGUCAACAAAAGCCAACAAUGUGCUAUUUGGCUAUUUAGUACUUUUUUGACGUCCCUACCAUGUUGGUGGCACUCAGCCCCAAGCCUGAUGCUUUUUACUGAGGAUGUACAUUUUUAAAAACAUAGUUUCUUUUUUUAUAUAAUUUCCUAAAGCAGCUGGUGUCAGUGAUUUUUAGUAAAUGUAAUUUAAACAGGAGGAAAUCUGAUGAUUUCCAACUGUGGAUUAAUCCACAUUUGGUGCUCUAGUGGGUAAACUACAAUGUCUCCCAGUGCAACAGUGUAGCUCACUGAUGUGUUUUAAUAGUUUUUGGAUAACAGUGGAGCUCUGUGGCACAGAGGAAGAUGAUAUCAGGUUUUGGCUCCACACACAAUACUUGUUAGUGGAUAUAUUCAUGCCCUGUGAUGGACUGGCGACCUGUCCAGGGUGUACCCCGCCUUUCGCCCGAUGUAAGCUGGGAUUGGCUCCAGCCCACUGCGUCCCUGUACGCGGGAUAAGCAGUUGACGAUGGAUGAAUAUAUUCAUUGCUGGUUUGGGUCUUUUCAUGGGAUUUGUUGACAGAAAGAGAACUAUAAAAUAUAACAAGCCUUCUCCUUUGUUAUAAGAGGAGGAUGUAAUAUUUGAUAGAAUGAAGCUUUUAGAUUUCAGUGGAAAAGAAACAGUUGUGAAAUUCUGUUGCCACAAUUGCUUCAAACGAUCAUUAUGAUUGUUGACGAAAACUGUUUUCUGUGCGGUGACGCAUGUUGUGUGUGUGGUGUAUUGUAAUGGCAUGUAGGCCUAACAUUUUGUUGCUUUUUGACUUCAGUCAAGUGUUGCACUGACACCGACACCCCUUAGAGUUUCAUAACAAACUUUUGUGAAUCAGUGUCUGACUAGGGGUUUACAGUAUCUGUGGGUAACAUGACAGACAUGACAUGACAGCUGUACCAGUUUCAAUUUUGUUUUAUUUUAUGCCUCUCUGUGUUAAAGAUUGUGUUGUAUUGCUUUGUGUUACAUCCUCUUACUGUUGCUCACACCUCCUCACAUCAGUGAAGCAGCUGCUGUGCCUUUCUGCUUUCUCGUGUAUGCAGCAGUGCAUCUGUUCAUACCUGCCUGUCAGUUGAAAACCAUGUAGUCCUCAGUAGCAGUGUCUUGGCUAAAUGAUAAAGGCCUAUGGUGAAUGUAAGUGUACUUCACUGGUUCUGUGUGAAUGAGUUUACCCACAAAAAUAUUUCCUCAACACGGUAGUAUGAUUUUGAAUUUGUGUGACUUGAUAAUAACUUCAUACUAAAGAUAAGUUCAUAAGGGACCAAUCACUCUUGCCCAUCAAGCAAGCAUACAAUCAUGUCAGCAUGCUCUGCAAGACGCCACUGUUGUUCCCAAUGUGAAUGUACCUGCGCAGAAUGUCUCUACGUGUGUUUGACUUUAUACAAUUACUAGUGGUGUAAGUGAUUUUAGUGCUUUUCUGUGCACUCGUCUGUUUGGUGCAGUUUUAGUGCUUUGAGAUGCACAUUGUCGCCUCAUUGUGAAUUGGUGGCAUACACUACUUUGUAGAACAAAUUAGAAGAGUCCAGAGUUCUGUUUUAUAUAAAUAUAAAUGUGAUUUA